ACGUGAUAUAAGGCCCGUCCAAAAAUUUUGGAGGAAAGGUGCGCGCGCACUCUUUUGACUUCUUCGACUUCUUCCUGAGGGCGCUCUCUAUUUCUUCGGACACGGGUCGGGUCAUAAGGAGGGAUGGAGUACCAGAAGCUCCGGCCGCUGACGGGCCACAAGCCGGCACCAUCGACGGGGUCGCCCGAGUCGCUGUAUUGGCGCCAGUUCAAAGCACCAGUCUUUGUCAAGGAGUUUGCGCCCAUCAACUCGAUCAACUUUGUCCCGCCAGCCACUUAUGCCGCUCCCAAGGAGGUCAAUGACCCCUCGGCUCCAUCGUCCAGCAACUCGGCAGCCAGUAAGCAGAAGUUUGCCGUGACAAGCGCGACGAGGGUUCAGAUCUACAGCAUGCGCACGGACAAGGUUACAAGAACUGUUUCGAGAUUCAACGACGUGGCCAGGUGCGGCAGCUUUCGAAGUGACGGGAAGCUUUUGGUAGCUGGAGACGAUUCGGGCUUGAUCCAAGUGUUUGAUGCCAGCUCGCGCUCCAUUCUGAGGACCCUCAAAGGACACGAACUGCCCGUGCACGUCUCUCGCUUCUCGUCUACACCAACACAGAUCCUCUCUGCGUCCGACGACCGCACUGUGCGGUUAUGGGAUCUUCUUGAAGAGAAGGAGAUCCGCAUCUUCAGUUCGCACACCGACUAUGUCCGCUCGGCCAUCGUCUCGCCCGACAAUCCUUCCUUGCUUCUUUCGGGAUCCUACGAUGGCACAGUCAAGCUUUGGGAUGCUCGUAUGGCCGAGAAUGAUGGGUGCGCCAUCAAUAUGCGGCACGGCGCGCCAGUCGAGGACGUUCUCAUUUUUCCGACAGGCGGUGGAGGAGUGGCACUGAGCGCAGGAGGGCCUGUUCUCCGGGCGUGGGACCUGAUGAUGGCGGGACGUUGCACCAAUGCAGUCUCGAACCACAGCAAGACGAUCACUUCGCUGUCCCUGAGCAUGUCGUCGGGCGCAGGUGCCACCGCUGCCGCUGGUCUUGGUGGCAUCCGAGUGCUGAGCGCUGGUCUGGACCAUCUCGUCAAGGUCUACGAUCCAGCAAAAGAAUACAAGGUCGUUCAUACGAUGAGAUACCCGGCCCCGAUUCUGUGCUUGGCUGUCAGCCCUGACGAAAGCCACAUUGCUGCGGGCAUGGCGGACGGGACACUGUGCAUCCGCAAGCGUCAGCUGCGCGCUUCGGAGCUUCAACAUCGCCAGGAGCAGAACCAGUCCUAUGAAUACUUUGUCGGCGCAGGCGGGUCACAACAGCCACAGUCGCAUUCUGGCACGCAGCAGGACGAGAUUCGCGUCGAAAGCGUCCGCCGUCAAAGAUUGAAGCCGUACGACAAGCUGCUGAAGAAGUUUCAGCACUCCGACGCCCUCGAUGCCGUCCUCCGAAAGGACGUGCCGCCCAGCGUGACAUUUGCCCUCCUGGCCGAGUUGCGGGAUCGGUCAUCGGCAGAUGGAAGCCUCGAUGGACUUCGGAGGGCCAUUGAGGGAAGGGACGACGUCACGCUCGAGCCUCUGUUGAGAUUCUUGCUCCGACAGUCGAGCAACCCCAGCUACACGUCACUGGUGUCAGACUGCCUCAACGUCAUCAUCGACAUUUAUGCACCGGUCCUCGGCCAGUCACCGCUGAUUGACGAACUCUUUGGGAGAAUCUGGUCCAAGGUGACGGACGAGCUCAAGCUCCAGAGGAACCUCGUAGAGGUCAAGGGGUCCCUCGAGAUGCUCAUGGCCAGAUCGGCAAUGGGUUAGACAUCCUUUUUACCUUGCACUACACAGCAGACCUUCGCAUGUACUUUUACACACAACAAUUGCUCUCAAAUUGAGGAAUUCACCUGUCGCU